UUGGGAGUUGCUAUGGGGACCAGGAACUGUUACAGUCAAAUGGGCUGUGUUCUUCAUUCCCAACGAGCGACGGCAGCAGGAAGUAGGCAAGCUAUCCACCUCCAGUUUGUUCAGGAAAAGACGCAAUGCGACCAAAACAAUCAUCUGCUCCCCCCAGCAGAUUUGCUACUUGUGAUUGGUAUUACCAAGUGCCUUUGAAACCUGAGACGAAAAGUGAAGUUUCACAUCCACCUACUUCCCAAAUACCCGGUUUGAGUGACCUUGCGGAACCUCCUAGUGAUUUAAUGGCUGGAAAUCAAAAAAAGUGGAUCAGAGAUACAGACUCUGAUUAUGUCAAACUAUCCAAGCAAGGAGGUCAACCAGACUUGUUAAAGCAUAUGGCGCCUGUAUCAAAGAAUAAUCCCUCUGUGUCCCAUGCGGCACCUGACUGGUACACCCAAGAUGAUUCAACUACCCCACCUGAACAAGCUGCUGCGCCCCUGAGAAAUGUGCCAGACUACAUGAUUCAUGAAGAAUUUGACAAGGAAGGAGGUGAGGAGACAUAUGAAGCAAGAAAAGGCCCAUUUGAUUUUGAUCAGAAAACCAUUUGGCAGCGUGAAUCUGACGAUUAUGAAAAGGAUAAUCCUCAUGACAAAAAGGUGAAGCUUCCUGCAAUAAAGCAAGACACCAAUGUGGCUGCAUCUGGUAAAGGACCUCUUCCCACAAAGACGGGACAUGAUAGGCCUGGGAAAAAAUGUUUCUUUCCACCAAUGCCAGGCAAUGGAAAUGAUGAUGCAGUUAAUUUUGGCAAGUUGCUUAGCAAUGGUUAUGGAGAUGAUUGGAUUCGUCAUAACGAUGAACAAGAGACGAAGGCUACACCGAAGUCCAAGACCUUCAAAAAUUUCAGCUGAAGGAAUGUGUGAAGAAUCAUCAACCCUCCCGUUUCAUCGUUUGCUGACUGCAUUCCUACACAAGCACAUAUAAUGGCAUAUUUGGAACGUUUUGUUAAUAAUUCAUCUAGAAGCACUAUAUAUUUCUCUUUAGCAAUUUCAGUAGGAAAUGAGAAAUAAGUAAUGACCGACAGCUAGACUGCACUAUCAACCGUGAUCUAAUAAGUUAACAGCAUGUCACUCACACUAGUAACAUGCCAGCUAAUUCAUAGGCGUCAUUGACAAAUGUGGUUAGUUAACCAUAAAAGGAUACUGCCACUGUAUAUUUUGAAGCUGAACUCCAGGCAGAUAUAGAAAUCGCUAUGUAAUCCAUUU